CAAGUCAUAAAAAAUUAGCGGACAUAAAAAGAAGGAUCACUUUCACCCAUCAUAAAACUUCGAUUUUCGACAAAUAACAGCGUCCAAUAAAUAAUACAGAAAUAACAAAGUUAAAACAUAAGCAUAGCGUUCUCAGAGGCGAUAACUCCGAACUCAGAUAAGGGAAUGCCAGUUAAAACAAAGCUGAACAUUGACGAGGUCUAACGAUACUUGGAACACAAUUCCCCUUCAUCAUCAGCUCAAGUUGCCAGAUCGGACCUAUGAUUAAUAGCUGCCAAUAUACAGUUACGUGUUUCGAUAUUACCAGUGGCGUUGUAAAUCCGUACUGUUCGAGUAAUCCUAACGUCACAUUUGUUAUGAAAAACUCUAGACUCAGAGAACUCAAAUUUAGCUUUUUUGGUUCAACAAAUUUUGAUUCAAGGGUGCGUACUUUAAUAGCUGCCAACAAUGCUUGGCUUUCAAUUGAACGAGAAGCAUUCCGUUAUUAUACUAGCUGUAUUUUUAUGGACCUAUCUAACAACAGAAUUGAUGUUAUUAAUGACGGAGCUUUCUUACAAUUGUCUAAACUGCAGAAACUGAAUUUAUCAAAUAAUAAUAUUUCUGUAAUAACAGAAGAUACAUUCAAAAUGUUAAACGGUGAUACAAAUGAGUUAUUGUUUCUUGACUUGUCAUUUAAUAACUUGAGUAGUUUAUCAUCAGCUACGUUUAAGCAAGCACCAAAAUUAAACGAAUUGUAUCUUGACCAUAAUGCGAUCAGUACAAUUGAAAAUGAUUCUUUAUAUUAUUUAGACAACUUAAAUAUUUUGUCUCUAAGUCAUAACAAAUUAACUUCUCUCAAUAUGACGCUUAUUAACAUGAAAUCGUUGAAACAUUUAAUAAUAACUAACAAUUUGAUUGCUAAAAUAUCGAGCAAUGAUAUAAAUCACCUGGUAUCUUUAGAACUACUUAAUUUAACACACAAUGCGAUUGAAACAAUUGAAUCUAACUGCUUUAACUCAGCGUUCAAUUUGAAAUAUGUAGAUUUAAGUCAUAAUAGAAUCAACUCGGUCAUUGAAACAGUUAUGUUCAUAACUAAUAAGAAACUUCGAUACUUAAAUAUGUUUGACAAUAAUAUCACCAUUAUAGGAGAAAAUGUAUUUAAAAACAAUGAUCUGUAUACGUUAAACUUGGGUGAAAAUAAUAUUAAUGGAGAAAUUACGGAAUCAAUUUUAGCAGGUUUAAGCAAUAUUGAAACAUUAAACUUGAAUUCGCAAAAUAUAACAGCCAUUAGAAGUAAAGCUUUCUCAGGAAUGACAUCUUUGAGAUACUUGAAGUUAGGUCGAAACAAUAUUAGUAUCAUUGAACCAACAGCAUAUUUUAAUGCAAGUAUUAUAAAUACAUUGGAACUUUCACACAAUAGAAUCAGUGAUUUGUCUUUCUUAAGAGAUAGUUUGUUAAAUCUAGACGUACUAUAUUUAGACAGUAAUGAAAUAACAUUUAUACCAAAAAAUGCAUUCAUUAAUCAAACUGCAUUAAAAUUGUUAGAUAUAUCUAAAAAUAAAAUAACGAAUAUUGAUCAGUUUGCAUUACCUUUAACAAAAUUACAAUAUUUAAAAAUACACGGAAAUCACUUAGUGGGAACUGUGAAAAGUGAUAUGUUUAGUCCAGGGCGUUAUUUGAGAUCAUUAGAUUUAAGCAAUCUGAAAUUUACAUCUAUUAAUAAUAUGGCUUUUACAAAAUUGCCUAUCUUGGCUAGGUUAAAUAUAUCUCAUAACGAAAUUAAAGAAAUCGAUGCCAAUAAUUUUAUAGAUAUGAAUAACAUGUACAGCUUAGAUCUUUCUUUUAACGAAAUAAAGUAUUUAGAUCUUAGUAAUAGUAGUAUGGGAAAUUUAAAAGCUUUGUAUUUGAAUAACAAUAGGCUUGUGAAUAUAUCAAAAUUGUUUUCACAAACAUCCAAUUUGAUUUUUAUAGAUAUUUCGUCUAAUAACAUAACUACGUUGUACGAUAUUGGAUUACAAAUGUUACCUAACUUACAAAAACUAGACGUCUCAAAUAAUAAAAUAUUAGUUUUUAAUAAUCCACAUACUAAUGCGUUAAUUAAUUUAAUAGAUUUAAAUUUAUCUUUUAAUCUACUCACAAGUAUAGAAUUAGUUUUUUUCAGCGAAUUACAAAGUGUGAAUCUAUGUAACAAUAGCUUUACUAAGAUCAAUCACACGUUUUUUAGUAAUCUUCGUCACCUCCAAGCUUUAGAUUUUAGUUUUAAUAAAAUAAAAUCCCUUGAACCGGGUAUAUUCCAGAGCAUACAAUCUUUGAAGGUAUUGAACGUAUCUUACAAUUUCAUAAGUUCAUUGAGAUACGGUUUCCUUAAAGGAUUACAUGAAACUGAAAUAUUGGAUUUAUCCAAUAAUAAUAUUAACGAAUUAGAUGUGGAUAUGUUUCACGAAUGUUUGAAACUAAGAAAGUUGAUUAUUGAUUACAAUAACAUAAAGAGUUUAGAUAUCGAAAGACUGAUUCUAGUAGCCCCUAAACUAGAUACAAUUAGUUUUGGUGCUAAUCCUAUUUCGUGCAAAGAGAUCAUAAGAUACACAAGAUCUGAAAUGAUUAUAUCAAGAAGUGUAGAACUUACAGCUACUGAUAAAAUAUUUCACGACGAUAAUGUUCAUGGUAUUAAAUGUGGUAAUAAUGAGAAUUCUGAUAUUCCCACAUUAAAACGCAGUAAAUUAGAUUCAAAUAACACUAAAUCUGAGACCGAAAAGGUAUCAAUGAAUGUGAUCCUUCUAAUAUUGUGCUCUGGACUUACCAUUUUCAUUGUAGUAUUCAUAACAAUAUUUUAUUUAUUGAAACGAGAUCGUAAUUUAUUGGAUCGAAAUAUUAUGCCACUUAGAAAUUCUUUAGAGUUGAAUUCCGAAUACAAUCGUGAUCUAUUAGAGUGAUUAGAUCUUCACAGUUUUUGUACAAUAAUUACAUAUUACUUUAAAACUGACCAUAUAUAUUCAUUGAAAAAAUAAAUGAAUAUUAAAGAGAGAAAAAAACUACUGAUACAAUGAAUAUAUAUUAAUUUGGUAAAUCAUAUACCGAAAAUUUUGAAAAUAUAAUACAAAAUGGAAUUGAAAUAUUAAGAAGUAUUAUAUAUUAAAUUAAACAUUUAUUCAGAAGAAACAAGAUAAGAUGAAAAUGUACAAGGUCCAUAUAUCUAAAGGUAGAGCUCUAAAGAAAACUAAAUUAUGUAUAACAAUACAACAUCAGUUUAGGGUCAUUAUGUUUAUGUUGAUAACUAAGUAGUUAGUUAACAUGUUGAUCUAAUUACAGAUCUGUAUACAAAAUCUUAUUUAAGGAAGUAUUUUUGUAUAUAUAUAUAUAUACAUAUACAU